CUUCAAAAAUACAACUACAAAGAACUCUUUUGCAUAACAUUUGUAGACAUGAAGUCCCUUUGUGCUAUCUUAGCUCUUUUCUCUCUUCUUUUGUUUGCCAAAACAAUAGAUUCAAGAAGAGAUGUCGGGAAAUACUGGAAAAAUGUCAUGAAAGAGCAACCUAUGCCACAGGCAAUUGAAGGCCUCCUUGUUGAUAUUUCUGAUUCAACACCAAAAGAGAAAGCCGACUGCCAUGAAAAAGUGAAAAAACCUUUUGUUGAGGUUGAGGUUGAGGUUGAGGUUGAGGAAUUUGAACCCAGACCCAGUACCACAUCCUACAAUGAUCAUGAAAUUAAAGCGAAGCUCUCUUCCAAAGACAAUGCUGGUCCUAAAGCUAAGCAGUCAUUUGCAACAAAAGCAGAUUUCGGGCCAAGGCCAAAUCCUUUGAUUUACGGUGGCUAAGAGGUUGAAUUAUUGUAAUUCUGGUGGUGUUAUUGUAAAAUAUAAUAAGCUUGUCUUGUCGGGCUUGUACGUAGCUUCUAAGCUUCUAUGUACUGAAAGAAAAGCCAUUGGCUCUGAGAGUCUAUUUUUAUGUCUGUUUUAUGUUGUACGUGGCUAGAUCAUGAAUGUAAUUUUCAAUCCUAAGUUAAUAAAAGGAAUGCUUUGGCCACCAUGAAUGUGGUUUUGGCAAUAAUC